GACGUGCUGUUGCGACGGCGGCCCGGCUCGCGGGGCCCUCUGGAGGUCCGCGUGGCGGUCAUCGGCAAUGUGGACAGCGGCAAGUCCACCAUGGUGGGAGUGCUCACUCGCUCCAUACUGGACGAUGGACGUGGGCUGGCCAGAUCUAAGGUGUUUAAGCACCACCACGAGGAGACCACGGGCCGCACCUCUUCCAUCGGGCAGCACACCCUCUGUCUGGACAGCAGGGGUGGCAUCCUCAACGACAACAUGUUCCGGACCCAGACCUGCGCCGAGUACAUCGCGCGGGCCAGCAAGGUGAUCACGCUGGUGGACCUGGCAGGACACGAAAAAUACUUCCGUACAACAGCGUACGGACUCACAGGUCACCUGCCGGACUACGCGUGCCUUAUCGUUGGCGCGAACAUGGGUGUCGUGGGGAUGUGCAAGGAGCACCUGGGUGUAGCGCUGGCGCUGAAGGUUCCGGUGUUCUUUGUGGUAACUAAGGUGGACAUUGCUCCGGAGCAUAUCCUCAAGCAGACUGUGCAGAACCUGGCCUCCAUCCUGAAGAAGCCCGGGGUCAAGAAGAAGCCUUUCCUGGUCCGCAAUCAGGAGGAUGUGCUGCUGUGUGCUCGCAACAUGAACACAGACUCGCUGGCGCCCAUCUUCUUGACCUCGGCUGUCACAGGCAAGGGCCUGGACCUGGUCCGCAUGUUCUACAACCUGCUGCCGCAGCGACAUCGCUGGGUUGACAAGCAGCGCGAGCUGGCAGAGUUCGUUAUUGACGAAACCUUCCUCGUGCCGGGCGUGGGUACCGUUGUUGCGGGUACCGUCAAGCGCGGGGUUAUCACGGCCAAUACCGUCCUGCUGCUGGGCCCCGAUAUUGGCGACGGCAGCUUCAAGUCGGCCGCCAUCAAGUCCAUCCACUUCAAGCGCUUGCCUGUGGCGACUGUGGUGGCGGGACAGACCGCGGCGCUUGCCCUGAAGAAGACAAAGCGCCACCAGGUCCGCAAAGGUAUGGUCCUGGUGGAUGAGCGGCUCAAGCCCGCCGCAAGCUGGGAGUUCGACGCGGAUAUCGCCAUCCUCACCCACUCCACCACCAUCCAGCCGCGCUACCAGGCCGUCAUCCAUUGCGAGAUCAUCCGCCAGGCGGCUCGCGUGGUGGCAAUGGACCGGGAACGCCUGCGCUCCGGUGAUCGUGCCUGCGUGCGCUUCCGCUUCAUCCAGCGCCCCGAGUACGUUACCACGGGCACUCGCUUCGUGUUCCGCGAGGGCCGUACCAAGGGUAUCGGCAUCGUGGUGGGCACUGAGCACCAGCCCGCCGACCGCACCCAGGCAGCGGCUGCAGACGGAGUCGCCAACAGGCCAGACGGUCUGGAGGCAGACCGCGAGCGGGAGCGCGCCCUGGCCGAAACAGGCGGUCCUGCACCACCGGCGGCUGCACCUUCGGGCGGCAGCGGUGGUAAUGAGGCAGCUGCAACCCCUGCUGCUCCAGCAGUCGCGGUUCACGGCUGA